AUGAAACGUGAAAAGAUUCAAUCCAAGAAGAAGGUCAUCUAUCUAUUUCCUGGUGUGAAAAACGAGCUUGGCAAUUGGUCUGAAGAUUCUGGCUGGCAAUUUGAUAGUAAAUAUGCCAAUAAAUGGGAAUUCGAUAUUGAUCCUGAUUCAGAAGAUCUUGAAGGACUACAUCUGAGGAUUGUUGUGUACCUGGAACAACCUUUUGUUAUGAAGACAGCUGAAGGCUAUGAAGGAUUUUGUAUCGACCUUCUUAAUGAAAUGGCUUCUGUACUUAAGUUCAACUAUACAAUAAUUGAAGUUCAAGAUGGCAGUUAUGGCAUUGAAGAUGAAACUGGUAGAUGGAAUGGAAUCAUAGGGGUUCUACAAAGACAUGAAGCUGAUCUUUCAGUGUCAGCGGUGACUAUCACGUACAGUCGCGUAGAAGUUGUUGAUUUUACUCUGCCUUUCAUGCAUUUGGGAAUAUCGAUUUUAUUAGGGAAGUCCAAAGAAGAGGCAGACAAGGGCUCCCUGUUUACUUUUCUGGAGCCAUUGUCCUUCUCGGUGUGGCUUUCGCUGAUAGUUGCCUACCUGUCUGUUUCCUUCUCAAUGUACUUGUUGGCUAAAUUCAGUCCAUACGAAUGGUAUGAUAUUGAGAAAAUUGACGAGCGUGACAGGUCAAUAGAAAAUCAAAAGAAUCAAUUCACUGUUUUGAAUUCUCUUUGGUUUGCUGUUGGUUCUUUGAUGCAACAAGGGAGUGAUGUGAUUCCGAGAGCAGCAGCUACAAGAGUCAUCGCAGUUAUAUGGUGGAUGUUCACUCAAAUUCUGAUUUCCUCUUAUACUGCGCAGCUUGCAGCCUUUCUAACCGUUGAAAGAAUGACAACACCGAUCGAAAGCACAGCUGAUCUGGCAAGUCAGCAGAAAAUCCGUUACGGAACUUUGAAAAGUGGUAGUACAAUGGAUUUUUUCCGAGAAAGCAAAAUCCCUAUUUAUGAGAGAAUGUGGUCCGUCAUGGAAUCUUCCUCACCCCCAGUAUUUGUUAAUUCUUCGAAAGAAGGAAUCGCUAGAGUAAAAGCCGGGAAUUAUGCUUAUAUGAUGGAAUCCUCCAUGCUAGAAUAUUAUAUGGAAAGAGAUUGUGAAUUGCAGAGUAUUGGGGGCUUAUUGGACUCAAAGGGAUACGGAAUUGCUUUACCGAAAGGAUCUCCUUUACGAGAUAUACUCUCACGGACUGUUCUACAACUUCAGGAAAGGACAAUAUUGGAAGCUUUGAAAAACAAAUGGUGGAGAGAUCGGCGGGAAGGUCCUAGUUGUUCACUUCAUCAGGAAACUCAGAAGUCCUCGCCAAUGACAAAUGUCUUCGGAAUUUUUUAUGUAUUAGCGACGGGUGUUAUUGUUGCUUGUUUAAUGGCUAUUGGAGAAUACUGUAUAGAGUCACGUCAUGACUCGUUCCGUCUGAAGCUUACCGUUCUUGGAAAAAUAGUUGAUUGGUGGAACGGAGUCUCAGAUUCGGAACAAAAAAUUGAGAAAAAUCGAAAUAAACUCCGGAAUAUGCAGCUGGAUACAGCAGGUCAAGAUCUUUCGAAAAUGGAAAACGACAGAACUGAAGUUACAAAUACACUUCCUUCUCCUCCUGCAGAAAGGCUGUGUGUUGUUCGAAGUAGGGGUAGCCGAGAACUGACUCAGACAAUGAUCUCACGGGAAGGAUUGCGUCGUCUUUCUAGAAUGCUCCCAGCUAAUGAUGAACAACUCAUUCAUUUGCGCAUGAAUUAUAAAACUUAA